AUGAAGUUCCCAGUGGCCAUAAUCUUCUUCUUGAUGGCAUUGGUGGUGGCCAACACCGAAACCAGCCUUUUCCGAAUCCCUUACUACUACGAUAUACCGUACUCGCAUUUACCAGUUGCAUAUACUCCAGGAUUCAUCAAAAGACUAAACUCUAGUACAUCUUUGAUAAACAGCUAUCCGAUUGGAGACAAACUCACCUUCAGCACCCUCAGCAAUGAACAGCAAACCAUCAGCUUGCACUAUGACAUGGUGAACAAACCACAGGAACGACUUUUGGUCAAAUUGAAUAACUACAAUAAUACUCUUUUCGACUCAAACGAUCUAAUCAAUGUCAAAUUGUGCUGGCCCGCAACACUCCCCUUUGAUUUCUCCAUCUCCCACGAAUUCAUCCAGAGGUACGAGCUCACCGGCUACAACGAACUAGUUGAAAAUACCUUGGAUAUUUACAUCGUCAUUGACUAUAAAGCAAACUUUGUCACUUGCACCAGCAACCUUCCGGACACUCUACGCUUCAACUUAUUCGUAAACAAGCUCCCGAACAAACUCGUCCCCAUCCCCUUGGAGCUCUACGACUACGUCGUCUACUUGGUAGACCUACUCAUCCUAAUUGGCCCUGCUGUUCCUGCCGUGGCUAGCCAUCUCUUCUACUGA